AUGUCGCUCAAGCAGGAAAUUGAGACAUGGGUACAGGCACUGGCCCACUAUGACAACAAUGAAUUCGAGGAAUCCCUGAAAGUCUUCGACAAUAUCUCCGACACAUCUAAGAUCCUAUUCAAUUGCGGUGUGAUACAUGCUACGCUGGGCGAGCAUGAGAAAGCGGUCGAAUGUUACCAGCGGUGCAUUCAACUCGACAAAUAUCUAGCCGUCGCAUAUUUCCAACAAGGCGUCUCGAAUUUCUUGAUUGGCGACUUCGAGGAGGCCUUGGCCAAUUUCAACGACACCCUUCUCUACCUCCGUGGCAAUACAUACAUUGAUUACGAGCAAUUAGGGUUGAAAUUUCGGCUAUAUUCUUGCGAAGUACUCUUCAAUCGUGGCCUUUGUUAUAUCUAUUUGCAACAGAAUGAAGCUGGUAUGAAAGACUUCGAAUUUGCUGUAAAAGAGAAGGUCACUCCAGACCACGAAGUUAUUGACGAAGCCAUUCGGGAGCAGGCAGAGGGUUACACCGUGUUCUCUAUACCGGUUGGCGUUUUGUAUCGACCGAAUGAAGCCAAAGUGAAGAAUCUCAAAACCAAAGAUUAUCUCGGCAAAGCUCGUCUGGUUGCUGCAUCAGACAGAUCCAAUGCCUUCACAGGGUUUGCAGGGUCGGAGAAGAAAGCAGCUUUAGUUGCUGAACCACGAGCCAAAGAUGAUCGACCAACUGAGAAUAUCAGUUAUGCAGCAUCAAAUCUGGUACAGCCGGGCCUCACGAGCCGUGGAGGGAGGGAACAAAGUGCGCCGCCUGCCAUGAACAGGAACAUGUUCCCUCCAACACCUCCGCCUGAGAACGAUAAGCCAGCAGGGCCUUCGAGUGCUGGUCCCGCUCUCAUGACAGGGAGAGCAGCGUCAGUGCGCAACCCGCCGAACCGCCCACCAGCCCUGCAACGAACAGGUACAAAUGUGUCGUCGAUGAGCGAUCCGAUGAGCAUGAGUAGCACGGAGCGCGCACCACCUCCGAUAACAGAAGAGCCGAAAACGAUGGUCUCACCUCGCCAGAGGAUGGGCGCAAUGCGAACCGCUUCAGAACCACGAGGACCAACCAUCCGACGUGGUCCAUCACAGAGUCGACCCACAUUAUACCGGGAAACCACCGAUGAGUCGAUGACGGACCUCUAUGAUAUGUAUCAAAGCCCACCAGCGCCGAAAGGUCUAGUCCGACGAGGUACUUCCAAUAACAUGGGUGGCAACAGACAACAGCCGGCAUAUAUCGAUGAGGAAGAGGAGUACAUGUCUGACGCCUAUGAGAAUGACGACUUUAUGCAAGACGAUGGUGUCGACUUCGAGAUGAUGGGAGGUGCAGGAGCUCGUCCCGGUAUGCAAGCACGUCGACCUUCGGGCAAUCACAGAUCGAGCACAAGACGGUUGGCAGAAGUCAAGAAGAUCCGUGUCAAGGUUCAUUCGAAUGCGGAAACGCGAUAUAUUAUGAUCGGGCCUGCCGUCGAAUACGGUGAUUUCGAGGGCAAGGUACGCGAGAAGUUUGGCUUGCGCAGACGCUUGAGAGUGCAGAUGCAGGAUGAUGGUGACAUGAUCACGAUGGGUGAUCAAGAUGACUUGGACAUGCUGAUUGAGAGCGCAAAGUCAGCUGCGAGGCGGGAAAAGCAGGACAUGGGGAAGAUGGAGAUACCAUGGCAUGAUAUGGAUCUCAAAGACCUUCACACCUACCGGCACGCGUAUCGUUUGAACACACCAAGCUCGCAAACAAACCCUCAAGCACAUCUCAUCUUUGCCAACGCAGCACGUAAAGGCCUGCAUUCUCCGAGUGUGGUUGCGGCCCGACGAAGGCAACGGCAGCUAAAAAAGAGUCGGAAAGCCAUAGCAGCUGGAUUGAAGGAAAGGAGCAGCUCAAGAUUGAAAGGGGCUGCCAACGGCCCCGCUAAUGAUACAUCUGCCAUCGACAACAACGAUUGUGACAAGCACACCAAAGAGCAGCUCGCCAUGGCUGUGCGUAAACACUUCAACGCCAUGAGCGUAAGUGAGGGUGAAGUCGUGGCUAGGUUUACCUAUGUGGUCAGACAGAUAGCCUCCUCCAUUGAUGGAGAUGGAGAUAAGGGCUUUAGGAUGAGAUUCAAACCGUAA